CCGCCGCCUGCCACCGGCAGCGGGAGAUCGAGGGCGAGGGGAGCGCAACACUCGCUGCUUGGGGAGAUCGGCGCUCGGCCGGGAGAGCGUGAGCCUGGGAGAUGGCAGUGAUGGAGAUGGCCUGCCCAGGCGCCCCUGGCUCGGCAGUCGGGCAGCAGAAGGAGCUCGGCAAAGCCAAGGAGAAGACGCAGGCCGUGGGGAAGAAGGAAAGCUCCGUCAGCCAGCUGGAGGCCGUGGAGAAGAGCCCCGUGUUCUGCGGCAAGUGGGAGAUCCUGAACGACGUGAUCACCAAGGGCACCGCCAAGGAGGGCUCCGAGGGCGGGCUGGCCAGCAUCUCCAUCAUCGCCCAGGCCGAAUGUGAGAAUAGCCAAGAGUUCAGCCCCACUUUCUCUGAACGGAUUUUUAUUGCUGGGUCAAAACAGUACAGCCAGCCCGAGAGUCUCGAUCAGAUCCCCAACAAUGUGGCCCACUCGACCGAGGGGAAGAUGGCCCGCGUGUGCUGGAAGGGAAAACGGCGCGGCAAGGCCCGGAAGAAACGCAAGAGGAGGAGCGGCGCCCGGUCGCUGGCCCCGGCCGGAGUGGGCGUGGCCGUGGCCAAGCCCCGCCCCAGGACCCCGGAGCAGGAGAGCUGCACCGUCCCCGUGCAGGAGGAUGAGUCUCCGCUGAACACCCCGUAUGUUAGAAACACCCCCCAGUUCACCAAGCCUCUGAAGGAGCCAGACCUCAGCCAACUGUGUUUUAAGAAACUCGGGGAGGGUCUGAAGCCAGCCCUGCCUCGCUCGGAACUCCACAAACUGAUCAGCCCCUUGCAAUGUCUGAACCACGUGUGGAAACUCCACCACCCGCAGCACACAGGCCCUCUGCCCCAGGCCGCCCGCCCCUUCCCCUACAGCCGACUGCCCCACCCCUUCCCAUUCCACCCUCUGCAGCCCUGGGAACCUCAUCCCCUGGAGUCCUUCUUUCUGGGCAAACUGGCCUCUGUAGGCAGCCCGCAGCCCCAGCCCGGCCCACACCUCAAGCCCAGCGGCCCCCCUCGCGGCACGUGUGAGCAGUUCUCUGUGGAGGAAUACCUUGUGCACGCCCUGCAGGGCAGUGUGAGCUCAGGCCAGGCCCGCAGCCUGGCCAGCCUCGCCAAGACCUGGUCGGCAGGGGGCUCCAGACCCCAGGACCCCAGCCCCAAAACCGAGGAGAGCGAGGGAGUCCUGCUUACUGAGAAACUCAAGCCUGUGGAUUAUGAGUACCGGGAGGAGGUCCACUGGGCCACGCGCCAGCCCUGCCUGGGCAGAGGCUCCUUUGGAGAGGUGCACAGGAUGGAGGACAAGCAGACGGGCUUCCAGUGUGCUGUCAAAAAGGUGCGCGUGGACGUGUUUCGGGCCGAGGAGCUGGUAGCCUGUGCGGGACUGAAGUCACCCAGGAUCGUCCCUUUGUACGGCGCUGUGAGGGAGGGCCCUUGGGUCAACAUCUUCAUGGAACUGCUGGAAGGUGGCUCGCUGGGCCAGCUCAUAAAGCAGAAGGGCUGUCUGCCAGAGGACCGGGCCCUGUACUACCUGGGUCAGGCCCUGGAAGGGCUGGAAUACCUCCACACCCAGAGGAUUCUGCACGGCGAUGUCAAAGCUGACAAUGUGUUGCUGUCCAGCGACGGAAGCCGCGCAGCCCUCUGUGACUUUGGCCACGCCAUGUGCCUUCAGCCCGACGGCCUGGGGAAGUCCUUACUCACAGGGGACUACAUCCCGGGCACAGAGACGCACAUGGCCCCCGAGGUGGUGCUGGGCAAGCCCUGCGACGCCAAGGUGGAUGUGUGGAGCAGCUGCUGCAUGAUGCUGCACAUGCUCAACGGCUGCCACCCGUGGACCCAGCACUUCCGAGGGCCGCUGUGCCUCAAGAUUGCCAGCGAGCCUCCGCCCGUGCAGGAGAUCCCCCCCUCUUGCGCCCCGCUCACCGCCCAGGCCAUCCAGGAGGGGCUGCGCAAGGAGCCUGCCCUGCGAGCGUCGGCGCUGGAGCUGGGGGGCACGGUCAGCCUGGCGCUGCAGCACGUGGGAGGCCUGAGGAGCCCGUGGAGGGGAGAGUAUAAAGAACCAAGACAUCGGCCGCCUCACCAAGGCCGAGCACCACCAAGCCAAGGCCACUGUCCCCGGACCCAGCCGCGGGAGCUCUCCCCGGGGUCCCCGAGGCCCCAGCCAGCCAAGGACACCGGCGGGGCCCCUCAGCUGCAGCCUCCUCUGCCCCCAGACCCCCCGGAGCGGAACAAGUCUCCCAGCCUGAACUGGGGCAAGGAGGAGUCUGGGACUUGGGAAGCCUUGCCUCUGUCCUCCCUGGACCCGGCCCCCGCCAAAAACCCCAGCUGCCCAGAGCGGAGAGCGACCUUCCCCGAGCAGGAACUACAGCAGCUGGAAAUAGAAUUAUUCCUGAACAGCCUGUCCCAGCCAUUUUCCCUGGAGGAGCAGGAGCAAAUUCUCUCGUGCCUCAGCAUCGACAGCCUCUCCCUGUCAGACGACAGUGAGAAGAACCCCUCAAAGGCUUCUCAGAGCUCAAGGGACACCCUGAGUUCCGGUGUGCACUCCUGGAACAGCCAGGCAGAGGCUCGAAGCUCCAGCUGGAACAUGGUGCUAGCCCGGGGGCGGCCCACCGACACCCCAAGCUACUUCAAUGGUGUGAAGGUCCAAAUCCAGUCUCUCAAUGGCGAGCACCUGCACAUCCGCGAAUUCCAUCGGGCCAAGGUGGGAGACAUCGCAACUGGCAUCAGUGGCCAGAUCCCAGCCGCAGCCUUCAGCCUGGUGACCAAGGACGGGCAGCCCGUUUGCUAUGACAUGGAGGUGCCAGACUCGGGCAUCGACCUGCAGUGCACCCUGGCCCCUGACGGCAGCUUCGCCUGGAACUGGAGGGUCAAGCACGGCCAGCUGGAGAACAGGCCCUAACCCCGCCGCCACGCGGGCUCCGCUCUGCCAGAGGAGCCUUCCUUCUCGGCGUUCACACGGCCGCUCAGACCAGGCUCAGCUGCUGCUGGGGACCUGCUGCCCCCGCCUCGGCGGAAAGCCCGGGGCGGCCAGCAGCGAAGUGGGGGCUCGCAGAACACCUGCCAGGCCUUCCCACCUGGGUUCUGCCCAACCCCGCCAAGAACGUCCUGUGCCUACAUGAGGAGGAGCAGGGAGGCAGGAGGCCUCUCCUGUGGGAGGCCAGAGCGCCUUCUCCGCUCUGGUCCAGACAGGCUGGCCUGACUGCGGAGGCAGCCUCUGGCCCCCGCCACGGGGAUGACGAGCCCCUGGGCCUCCAGGCAGACGUGAGGGUGUUGUCAAAGGUCUGGCCCAGGUACAGGAGCCCGCCCUUGAGUCAGUGUGUCCGAUCCGCUUGCCUGGCAUGGGGCUCCCUCCUUGAGAUCUAAAGCUUCAGACAGUGUCAGGGGAAGGAUGGCCCACACAGGGAAGUCUCCCUGGGAGCGCACACCCCACUUUUCCGGUUGUGACAGUACAGGUGCUGAGCCUGGCUUCAGCCGAGGCCCACAGCAGGCAGGCGUUCAGUGAGAUGGUUCUCAGCCCCCAGGCACACGCCCCGGCUGCCGGCCCCUCUCCCCAGCCCCUGCACAACUGGCUGGCGCUCACACCGCAUCUGCAGAGACGAGGGCGCCGUGAGGCCGGCCUGCGGGAGCCGCCAGGAUGGGGCUGGCGAGGGGAAUGAAGCAGCAGACGGCGGUGUCAGGGUUGCCCGCGUCAGCUUCCCCAUCAGGCCAUGCCAGCUCCCCGAGACCCAGUUGGGGUCACGCUUCCCCACCCCGCCUGUCCUGGGGGGCACUGCCAGCCGCACUUUGCACUCUGAUGACCUCAAAGCACUUUGAUGGCCGCCCUCUGGGAGGGCCGGUCAGUGGCACUGCCUGACCACAAGCAUGACCACUGUCAUGGGGUCAACAGACUUAAGUGUUGACCUAUCUCCGCACAUGUGACCCCCCAAACCUCCAAGUUUAAGGUAAUUCUCCCCCAAGCCCCCACCACUGUCCCGGCCCUGCCUGUUUGGGAGGAGAUGAUCAGAACUCAUGUAGCAUUAAAUCAACUGUGAAUCAUUCAGGGCUGCUGGCCGUAACUUCUGGGUGAAAGUGUCCACUGAAAUUGCUCCUUGGGAGAAGCUGGUGCCCACAUCUUGCCAAGGCAGCGGCUGUCCAGCUGUUCAUCCUGCUCCCCAGGGAGAGACCCUACCCCCAGCACGCGGAGAACUGCGGCCUUGGUACCGCAGAGCUCCUUGUAGAGAACUCUGUAAGCAAUAAAGUUUGGGGUGAUACGUGUUUCUCAGUCUGGGCUGUCUCCACUCUCGCCCAUGCUUGCUGAACCCCAAGUCCCUACCAGCUGCCUCCAUUUGUCUUCUGGGUGUGCACUUGUCAA